AUGCUUCCCUUGGAUGUUCAACGCGCGAGGUCUUACGGUAUUGGUAGCCCCUACCAAUCUAUCGAGGAUGUAAUGAUCCAGGAUCCAUUCAAUGCCUCUAACCGUAUCGUAAACCGCACUAAGACCACAAUUUCUUUUUCUAACAUUCCCGAGGUGCUUUUUGACAUAAAGAAGUACCAGAACUCCCGCGGCUUAGAAUCUGGUGGCUGGGGGUAUGACUUACCUCUCUUAGACUCGUUGUUGCUACCAGCGCUGCUAUGGCUCAUUGCACUUCUCGUGAUGCGCUAUCUCUGUCGGGAGCCUAUUGCGCGCUUCGGCAUGUAUAUGGGCGUCGUCACGGAGAACAAGGAGCGCUACAGGCGUCGUCUAGCAGAAGGCAAGCGCGGUACCGCCGCGCUGUCGGCCAGGAACCAGAAACGGCUCUAUAAGUUCCAAAAUCAGGUUUGGCUGAGUACCUGCUACAUUGUUUCUUCAAUUUUUGGGUAUUUAGUGCAGCGUGAUAAACCGUGGUUUACCUUCCCGAUAAACGCAGAAAGUGGAGUACACUUCUUGAUUCCGCACCCUUACAACCCUCCACGGGAAAUCGUGAUUUAUUACUAUUAUAGUUUGGCCUUUUAUGCCUCUGAGCUUUUGUCCAUAAUUUUUUUUGAGAGGCAUAUCCGACGAUCUGACUUUCUAGAGUAUUUCAUCCAUCAUAUCUUCACCAUGACACUGAUUGGGGGUUCAUUUAUAGGCUGGGAACACAGAUAUGGAGCCUACGUCAUCUUUAUUCACGAUAUCUCUGAUAUUAUGCUCUGUGUGUCCAAAGUUUUCCACUACAUUAUUGAAGAGGAGCAGCGAAGGGUAAGUCGGGCUGCAAGGAAGCGCCAGGCAUACCGCUCUCCGAAAAUGUUCAGGAUCCUUGGGGAUAAAUUCGAGAAGUGUUGCUUUUUUGUGUUCGUCACGGGAUUUGUGUAUUUCCGCUUAUAUUGCCUCCCCAUGUUGGGCAGGUCCUCAUUCGGUAUGACACCAAAUUUGCGCUACGGGAAUUUUAACCUCUGGCUCCUGAUAAUACUUCUGAAUGUGUGUCUUCAGAUUCUCCACCUGUAUUGGACUAGUCUAAUUAUCAAGAUGAUCAUCGCAUUCCUGAAAGAUGAGGAACUCACGGAUAUUCGCUCUGAGCCUGAUGAGUUGGGUUCUGAUGAGCCGGAUUAUGUACCGUGGGAUGCACCACCUCGUCUCAACGAUAAAGUGAGUGAGUUGAUGCACAACUCUCAUAAGAAAAUGUGA